CUGGCAGGUCUUGUACGGUUGUUUUCAUGUUUUCAAGGCCGACCGAUUCACCAUGGAAAACCUACAGUGUUUCAACUGUCAUCACACAAACUUAUCUCACGAUAGUGUGUUUAAUGUCAGUGAAGUUCGUAAAACUUUUGUGACUCCAAAUGCCUCAGAAAGAGAGCUUGUUUCAUCGGACUCACAACAAAAUGGCGCUACUGACAGUGACAAGGAAAAUUUAUUUCAUGUCGUGUGUGCCGAUUGUAUCUACGACAGACUACAAGUMUGCCAAGUUUGCUUUGUUAAAGCUCCACUGUGUAUGUUUAAAGUUGGAGAAUGGUUUAACGACAGAGAAUGUCGAGUUUGUAUCAAUUGUUCGGCCGCUAAAGACUCCUUAAAACUCCUUCAAGAAGGUUGCGCAAUGGAAAAUUUAAUUCACCAGUGUUUUCAUUGCGGCCAUUUCAGAUAUUUACAAUCGUUUACGAUAUCUUCAAAGUGCAGUGUUGAUAAAAUACCACGGGAAUGUUUGAGUUGUUUGUUGARAUCCGAUAUCAAGCAAUACAAAGACGACUUACACAAGAAGUAUGAGAAUAAACUAAGGGAAGARCCUGUACUAGGGAACGAUAGGACAGCUGUUGCCAGCAGCCAGAGUAGGGUACAACCAGCUGCGGUAUUGUCAUACGCUUCUGUUGUCACUAAAGGAUCUUCUGGAAAUGAUUCGGAACAAUACAACACUAAAGACGCUGCCAUAUUCAAUGGUGAAGGCGGUUGUGUGACAGAGAGAAACAAGAUGUUGAAAUUGACUACAUUCAGUGCUGUGAUCAACGAGUCUAUUUGUAAGACAGUGCUGAAAGCUCUCAAGUAUUCAUUCCACCAACUGGAAGAGAAGACAAAACUGGAACUACAGUUAAUGCAACUYGACCCACAACUGUGUCAAGGAAUUUUACGAGAUAAACUUAUCAGAGUUUCKCAUCGKUUUUCAAAGCAAGGGACACAACAGACAUUGUUUGACGAUCCUGAGUCUCGUUGGGCYUACAUGGGGACUUAUACAGUAGCACAUGCAAGUCUUGUCCUGGCAACGUUACAGUCUGGGAUUUUCCCUCCUUUGGAUGAAUUAGUUAAGAAAAUGAAAAGGGAAAGCAGGUCUCAAGUAUGUUGCUUUGGUGCUGGUCCAGGUAGUGAAGUACUUGGAUUGUCACCAUGYCUUCCYUCUGAUACCCAGUGGAUAUUACUUGAUAAYUGUAAUGGAUGGGAACAUCUUGCUAAUGUACUACUUACAAAGACUUCUGGGAUGGAAUUCCAGUAUGGCAUGUGCRAUGUGUCACAGAAACUACCCGUCAAGAUGAAUCUUCUUGAUUUUCCAUAUUCAGUGUUUUCUAAGGCCAAGUUGAUGAUGUUUGUGAAGUUUAUCUCAGCUGUUCAAAACUUGGCAGGGGCCAGGAAAUACUUGAGUACUAUCUUGAAGACAGCAAGCCCUGGGACAAUGUUUCUAUUUAUUGAUAAUGCCCACAUCCAAACCAAACACUUCAUUGAAGACUUGGUUUUUGGCAGUGGAAAGUAUGUUGAUAAUGGAGACUUCAAAGAGAAUGACUUUUUCACUUUGUACACAACAUAUGCUGAACUCAAGUCUGAAGAUGAYKCUGAGAAGUCAUCCUUGCUAUGUGAAUGGGUUGGGUAUAUUACUUAYUGGCUUGAUCGCUGGCCCAUGCUGGACCUAAGAGUCAAUGUGCUUCUUGCCAUUAAAAAGAACAAAACUGACAUGAAGAAGUAGGGGCUGAACAUGGCAUGUUCUACAGRUGCUUGAGUAUCCAUACACAAUGCCAUUACCUCGUAURCUUUGUUUUGAAAGUAUUCAGUGAUUUGAAUGUGUUGUUUUUCAAGACAUUGCUACCUACAAGUAGCCUCCUGUACAGGGAUCUAUGUACUUUCUAUAAUUAUCAAGUAGAACUGGGUGCACAGCUGCUGUAGUUUUGUAUUUUAAUGCAAUAGAUUUUCCUAUAAUAGUAAUUUAAGAAGUGAUUCGGCAUUAGAGGAUCCCAAUAGUACUCAUAUAAAUGAAAAUAUAUUCGAAUUUGCCUUCAAUGAUAGUCAACUCUAUUAUUAACUGCCUUUCUCUACUCCAACACUCCAAACAAUAAGCCACUCAUAGUUUUACAAUACUGCUGCUUGGGUGAGGAUACUGUAAUAAUUUAUCAUAUAAAUAUCCAUGAAAUACCGUCCUAUAUUUCUCGCUUAAAAAAGAGCAUGUUUUUUAUUCACGAUACCUCUAUACAUCAGAGUUACGGUAAAGAAAAUUUAAUGUAAUACAUGGUUUGUUUUCUUAGAUAAUUAUGAUAAACAGAGUAUUACAUGGUAACUUGGAGAUGUGUUGAAAUCUCCCUUAAAUGAACGUAGCAAUUUAUUGGUAGUUAUAGUAGUUGUAGAUAUUUCCAACAAUUGAAGAUAAAAUCUGUAUCUCUGCGAUGAAUAUCCUCUAUUUCAAUAACAAAGAGAGCAAUGAAGAGGCACAAUAUUUACUCUUAUGAAUAGUCGAUCUC